CUGCUACAUUGAUACGUUAGUACUAGUACACUUUAAAAUCGUGCGAAAUUUACAUCUACCACAAUUGAUCUUGUGUUGUGCUAACUCACCCCCUUUUUACGAAUAGUGAUUCAUUUAUUUUCGAAACUCGAUGGGAUCGGUGUGUGCUAAUCGGAAAUUCUGAAAGGAUUGAACAAAACUAGUAAAUAUGUUGAAACACGUUUUGAAAACCGCGAUCGAUCGAGAUAGAUUACCUCCCGAAAAAAGGGUAUCAUACGCCGGCAUAGCUUUGAGGAGGAACUCAACUUUCAAGAACACCCUACCAGUGCACAUUCAAUUGAGGAGAAGUAACUCACUGUCAUGGCCGAAUUGCAAGUCGCCUGAAGAAUCUCAGAUCGACUAUCCGGAUAUAGAACAGACCAGGAGGGUACAAAACUCGCCUAUAAUGGACCACCCACAACAUAGAAGUAUAAACAUAAUGUUCGAAGAUGCAUACACGCAGAAUAUGCCAAGACAAAACCUCUACCACAAAUGUAGCAGAGGGUCGCACUCAUCAGACACUAGUUCCGCUUACAGCGGAUCAGACACAAUGGCCUCCACCCAUUCCGAACUGGACGGCGAUGAGCUGGAUCUCACUGGACUCGUCGAAAGUAUGGUAGAUAGUGACGAAGAAGACGAUAUGACUGAAAGUAUGGAUAGUUUGACAGUUAGGGACAGGGUGAGAGACUGCUUGGAAAAGGAGCCUUCGGAACGCACAGAAGACGAUAUCGAAGCUCUGUUAGAAUUCACCCAGCAUUUGAAAGCUUUCACGAAUAUGACUCUGGCUGUUCGAAGAGCGCUUUGUGCUGUAAUGGUCUUUGCGGUUGUUGAAAAGUCCGGAACGAUCGUUAUGAACGACGGGGAAGAACUAGAUUCGUGGUCGGUAUUAGUCAACGGUUCUGUAGAAGUGGUUAUACCUGAUGAGCAGAGUCAAAUACUCUACAUGGGAGACGCUUUUGGAAUCCUACCUACGAUGAACAAACUCUACCACAAGGGCGUUAUGGUAACCAAAUGUGAUGAUUGUCAAUUCGUCUGCAUUACGCAAUCAGACUACUAUAGGAUACUGCAUCAAGGUGAAGAAAACACGCGCAGGCACGAAGAGGAUGGAAAACUGGUGAUGGUAACCGAACUCCGAGGCCACAUGGAACCUAGCAGCAAUAGGCGAGGGCAUGUGGUGAUACGCGGCACCUCAGAACGUUUGAUGCAGCAGCUGAUAGAGGAAAAUUCCCUAACUGACCCCACCUACGUCGAAGAUUUCCUAUUGACGCAUCGAGUAUUCAUUCAGAGCCCGCUUCUCGUAGCCAAUCAGCUCCUGGAAUGGUUCAAAGACACGGAGAUCCGUGACAGAGUGACCAGGGUGGUACUACUAUGGGUCAACAAUCAUUUCACCGACUUCGAGACAGACCCGGACAUGAUUGAAUUUUUAGAAAUGUUCGAGCAAGGUCUCGAAAACGAGAAGAUGGUAGGGCAGUUGCGGUUGUUGAACAUUGCUUGUGCAGCUAAAGCUCGAAUACGGAACGUGGUGCUGGCUAGACCACACAGGGAUGAACCGUUGAGUUUCUCAAUUCUCGGGGGAUACGAACGAAACUUUGGUAUUUUCAUUUCCAAAGUGGAAAAAAAAUCCAAAGCCGAAGACGUUGGUUUGAAACGAGGCGACCAAAUCAUUGAAGUGAACAAUCACAGUUUUGAGCAUAUGUCGCAUGCUCGGGCGUUAGAAAUUUUACGUGGGACUACUCACUUGAGUAUAACCGUCAAAUCGAAUCUGUUGAAUUUCAAGGAAAUGUUGAACACCCCCGAUAACUCACCUCGGCCAAGGAGUCGGAAAGUAUCGGAUAUUUCGAAAUUACCGCCUGACCCUAGAGCGAGGUUGUCAAGCGUCGAUGGAAAUAUUAUUUUAGGCCACGAUCCACCGUCUGCUCAACCCAUAACUAUCAACAGCCCCGCCAAGGAGGGGAAAAAGCAAAGCUUCAUGACUCUCGGAAGGUUACAGAAGGCUCUGAUGAAGAUGAAUAUCUUGCCCAAAAAUAUAAUCAAUGUCGGUAUGAGUCAGGAUCAAGUAGACAGCUUCAACCCGCCAUCAACAUUGGCCACAAAUAUUUAUCAGUCGCAGAGCAACCCUGACCUUAUGUCGAUUUGCUAUGAUGAUUUGAGAUGCACGGAUUACCCAGAACAUGUUUUAAAGGUGUAUAAACCCGAUCAAAGUUAUAAGUACCUUCUAGUUCACAAAGAAACCACCGCCCAUGAAGUAGUAAUGCUGGCGUUACAAGAAUUCGGAAUAACGGAAUCGAGUAGUAACUUCAGCCUGUGUGAAGUGUCAGUCACUGACACGCAAACUAUAAAACAAAAACGAUUGCAAGACGACCUCCAAAACCUAGCAGAAAGAAUAGGACUGAGUAGUAGAUAUUACCUGAAAACAAAUGGCGUUACCGAAACUCUGGUACCUGACGACCUAGCUCCAGAAUUAGUGAGGGAGAGUGCGGUCCAUUUUCUGCAGCUAAACGCUGUCGAGGUGGCCAUCCAGUUGACGUUACUGGACUUCAGUAUAUUUAGACAAAUUGAACCUACCGAGUACAUCGACGAUCUCUUCGAAUUGAAAUCGAAAUAUGGUACUCCCAUGUUGGAUCGGUUCGCCGCUCUCGUCAAUAAGGAAAUGUUCUGGGUGGUGUCAGAAGUGUGUGCGGAACACAAUCCUGUAAGGAGAAUGAAAAUCAUCAAGCAGUUCAUAAAAGUAGCGAGGCAAUGCAAGGAAUGCAAGAAUUUCAAUUCAAUGUUUGCCAUCAUAAGCGGUUUAGGGCAUGGAGCUGUUUGGAGGUUGAGGCAGAGUUGGGACAAGUUGCCUGGAAAGUACACCCGGGUUUUUUCGGAGCUACAGCAGCUCAUGGAUCCGUCUAGAAAUAUGAGCAAGUACAGACAGUUGGUCAGUGCUGAACAAACUCAACCCCCAAUUAUACCUUUUUAUCCUGUAGUUAAGAAAGAUUUGACUUUCAUACAUCUUGCCAACGAUUCAAAAGUUGAAGGCCUAAUUAACUUUGAGAAGUUGCGUAUGAUUGCAAAAGAGGUCAGGUCUCUCGGAAAUAUGUGCAGCAGCCCCUAUGACCUACUUACUAUGCUCAAACUGGGUGGCCAGCCUACCAGUAAUGCCAUGGUGGUUCUCAAUCAACUCACAACAGCGUCUUCGCAAUACCAUGCUCAAGGUCAAGCCACCGUAAAACGACGAAAGAAACCGGCUGCCGCACCCAAUCCGAAAAAGAUGUUUGAAGAGUCUCAAAUGGUGCGACGGGUAAAGGCCUAUCUAAACAACUUGCAGGUAGAGACUGAUGAAGCGAAAUUGCACGAAAUGUCACUCGAAUGUGAGGGUCCUGCCACAGGAGGAUCUUCAGGACCUGGAUCUCAGAGACCUAAGAGGCAUUCGUCCCCCGCCCCUUCCACUACAAGUAGCACUAGCAGUGCCAGUGAUGAACGAAAACCUAUACCCAAGUUCGGAAGUUAUUCCAGUUACGGAUCCCACAGCUCGAGUAGUUCAGGUGCAGGUGGUAGAGCGAUGCAUGAGAGAUCUCAUUCUGAUACCCCCACCCCUCUUCCAUCAGUCGCACUUUCAGCAGAAAGCAGUAGUGUUACAUCACUGAGUAACUUGCCACUGAGGAAAACCGUUACAUCAGGUUCGGUCACUUCCUCAGACUCGGGUCACAGCACCAUUAGUCAGGUGACCACCAGCUCAAACGAUUGUCACUCCUACCAACCGAGGUGUCCGAGCCCGCCCAGACACCCACCACCUAUACCAGGCUGGUUUUCCAAUGGUACUGGUGCUAUGCCUCCUUGCCCUCAAGCUGUGGCCGUUUUACCCCCUUUACCCCAUGCUUUGCGUAAUGCCAGUGGUCCCGGUAGAAGACAACCACCUGCUUACAGCGUUGCAGCUCAAAUGGCGCGAUUGCAUAGGUUAGGUAGAGCACAUUCACACGAGGGUGUUACGCAAGGUUACCAUUAUCAUACUGAUCCCGAUACAGAUCAGGAUGACGAAGAGACCCAAGUCUCGGCAGUGUGAAUAGAUUUCUAACAUUAGCCGGUGAUUUGAAUGUUGAAAGUAUUUAUUGAUGUAUUUGCAUAUCAUCCCAGAACUAAUACUCAUGAAUCUGUGUCGUAUACUGUAAGUCUAAGGAGUUGUGCAAAAAUUUUAGGGUACUGAGGCAAAGGCAUCAUCAUCGCCACAUUCAUUUUGAUCCUUACCUAGGAGUUUUGACGAUAAUGUUUUUACCUCUGUGAUGAGUACCUGAUUAUGAUUUAGAGUGAAAUAAGGCCAAUUUUGUUCACUUAAGAGUUUUAUUUAUAAUAGCAAGAUAUAUUUUACCACAUACAAAUUGUAAAUAAAAAUGACUUGAUCUUACUUAUUUUCUCAAUUCACCCACAUUUCUCAAUUUCGUAUGAUGUCAUCCAGAAUUAUAGUAAAACUCAAAAAUUAUAUGUCGUGUAGUAAACAGUUGAUGACAAACAGUCUGUAAUGACAAGAAUAUUUUUGGGAACGAAAUAUAUUCAAUCGAACUAUUUUAUUUUGAGCUAUAGAUUCUAAUUAUGAAUAGUGAAUAAUUGGUUUAUCGUACAGAACAAACUCUUAUUUUUGGAUGACAUCAGGAGUAUGUAUGUAUGUCUAUUACCACACAUUCCACCUUUAUAUAGAUAACCUCAAUAAAGGUUAUUAUAUACAUCUUGUAGUGAACUGUUUUAUGAGAAUCUGACAAUUCUUAUAUAACUUAUAUAUUAACCUUAUAGCAAUAUGUGUUAGCUUUUUCUGCACAUUAAAAUUUUUUCUUUCGAUGAAAUAAACUAGACUGAAUUUGAUUUAACAAUGCUUUCUUGGGUAAAGUGAUUUACUUUACGGAAUUAAUAAUUUCUUGGGAAAGAAAUAGUUGGCUUUCUACUUCUCCACCUUUAUAUAAUAAAACGUGGGAAACUUCCAGUCGAAGGAAGAAAGGAAUAAAUUUCAAAAUAAAUUCUUGACAAACAUGUAUUGAUCAUGCAAAGAAGUGACAUUUCGAAAUAACUACUUUUAUAUGAAUUAUUGAAUUAUACAAAAAACCCCUUUUUCCUAUUCGUUUUGUACUCCAAACUCUUGUAAUGGAAUUGGAUCAGGAAUCAUUCACGGGAUUGCUACACAAUACAGUAAAUGAAAGAGGUAAAAUUUCACUUACAUGAAACACUGUCAUUCACUGGCGGACAACCAAUGUUUCCGAAUAAGUCCUGAUUGCUUCUUCGGCACCAAACUGGAUAAGAUUACGAAAUGAAACACUCAAUUCAAUGAUUGAAGUACGACUCAUGUCAUAGAUGCAGUAUGUAAUGACAUUAAUUCGGUUAUUUGAUUUAUUCCCAGCCAUAGGAAUCUAUUCAAA